GGGGGCGUGUGUUGGACUGUGAAGACUUUACGUCGGUGUUACUCCACACAAAAUUUUCAAAGAGGCUCAGCAACAGAUCUGCUAUAAUUUCUAUUCAUAAAACACUUUUAAUGUGUGGGUGGAGAGAGUUCUGGUGAAAGCAGAGAGGGGACGGAAGUAGAAGAACACCGGAAAAUAACUUCCUGUUUGGACUGGGAGCAUCAUCACCAUCAUCAUUGUCGUCCUUUCAAGUGGAAAAAAAAAGAGGCAUUGAAGUUGAUGAGAUAAUCUGAAACACCCGUCUCUUCUCUUCUUUUACGAAGGGGCGUGUUCAUCUGUUCACCAUGUUGAUGGUGCUGAUGGUGGUUGCCACGGCAACAGUGGCUUGUUCUCUCAGUCAGGAGAAUGAACUGGAUUAUGGGUACUGGAACUACAGAGAAGGAGCUGACAGUGUCAAUGUGGCGUCCGUGCGCAGUGUGACCAGAGUUUUGGACGCCUGGGGAAAACGCAUCUUCAAUGAAAUCAAGACUUUGCUGCACUCUCAGCCCAGCACGCUGUUGCCUGACUACUCCAGGGUGCGCCCUCUGUCCGAGUCUGUCAACGACCUCUUCAGAGAAGUCUCCCUGCUGCAUAGGCGCAUCUCUGAGCUCAACCAUCGCCUAGCAACCCUGGAACCUUUCCUCCGUUGCCACGGCUACCGGGAGGAUGGGGAGGAGGCAGGAGGCGGGUGUGUUCUGGUACCUCAGGACACGAGAAGGGAGGGCGCUAACUUAGCCCCUUACACUCAGAGGAAAAGGGUGAGGGUGACCCCGCCGAGGCAGAGAAGGGUGAUGAGGAGGAGACGGGUGAGGGUCCUGAACAGCAAAGGGGUGGAGAUGCUUCAGACUGAGGAGUGAAGUCAAGGGUGGCAAUGGAAAGUUUACGGCAAAGAUAAUAAACAUUAUGUGAAAUCCAGUCUUUGAACCAUAUAUAUUCCUUUUGGCGAAUAUAAAAAUGUGUCUCUCUGCUGAGAUCACAUAAUAAAUGAUAAAGAAGUGAUAAAAAAGUGGAAUUACUAAAAAAAAAACACUGGUGAU